ACAGAAGAAUCGGUGCAAAAAAAGUGGAUUUAGUGUGAGGGAGAUUUCUGUGAAAUCUCUACUCUUUUCUUCCAAGAUUUGAGUGUUGCCGAUUGAUCGAUUGGAGGGAUAGAGGGAAAGAAGAAUGGAGAAAGCUUUGAUUAAAGUUGGCAGCAUUAAAGCUGGUAGCUUUUGGGUUUCUAAAAAGGCCAAAGAAGAGAUCUCCAACAUUUCGCAAGAUCUUUCGACGCUCUCAAACACAGUGGAAAAGAAGGCGAAAUGGGUAUUCGACAAACUAAAAGGCAAGCCUUCGAAACCAUUGCCAGAUUUCCUUAGAGAAUACAACCUCCCUCCUGGAUUAUUCCCACAAAACAUAACAUGUUAUGAGUUUGAUGAGGCAAAGCUAAAACUCGUGGUGCAUUUACCCUCUCCUUGCGAGGUUACCUUCAAGGAUCAGUCUGUGAUAAGAUACGCGACUCGAGUGAAAGGGCUUGUGUCAAGGGGAAAGCUGACUGUGAUAGAAGGAAUGAAGACAAAGGUGGUUGUUUGGGUGAAAGUAUCGAGUGUGGUUGUGGAGAAUUAUAGGUCUGAUAAAGUGUGGUUCACGGCUGGUGUGAAGAAAUCACGGUCUAGAGAUGCUUAUGAGACACCCCGUGAUGCGAUUAGAGUUGAUGAAUUUUGAAGGUCACCAUUCACAUUUCACGAAGAUAAUUAUUUUUUUGUUCUUGUUAUGUUAAUAUUUGAUUUGUUUCAAUCACAUUGUCCAUUGGUAUCAAACUAUCAAUGGAUCUUAACAUGUUUUAUGAUGUGUGUCAAGUUUGUUUAAUGAUGCUAGUGUGUCAAAUUUGUUAAUCGUUUUCCAAAGAAAAUUAAAAUAUUGAUUUUACUGA